AUGGAUAUGGGAGGUAGUUCAAGUAUGAGCAUGGCUGGCAAUUCAUCCAGCAUGGGCCACGCUACAGCUAGUGCUGCAAAAAGGGCAUGUAAGAUAUCAAUGCUUUGGAAUUGGUACACUAUCGAUACCUGUUUCAUUGCUAGAAGCUGGAAAAAUGAUACAAAGGGAAAAUUUGCUGGUUCAUGCAUCGGUUGCUUCAUGUUGGUUGUAAUUGCUCAAUGGUUGAAUAGAAUCUCUAGACAAUUAGACAUUGAAUUGGUAAAGAGACAUAGUUUACAGAAAUGGGCCCAACAAGUCGUUAAACUAAAUCCAAGUGGAGAGAUUACUGAAGAUGGUGAAUCUGUUGAACUGCCAAUGGAGAAAGUUACAUCUUUGGCAAAUGAAUCUGAGUGGAGAACUUUAUUGGUGGCCCUUGGAAAUACUUUCUCACAUAAAUGGUAUUUUAAUUUUACCAGAGUCGGCCAAUUAGGUAUGAAUGAGGUAGAAGAUGCUUAUACUUCUGACACAAGUUACCAUUCUUUCGUUGAAGAUAAAGUCAUUUAUCCAACAUUUGCUGAUCAUGUAUCUAGAGUCGGCCUCUUUGUAUUACAAUGGGGGCUUUCUUACAUUAUUAUGUUGCUCUUCAUGUACUACAAUGGUUAUAUUAUUAUCAGUUGUAUAAUUGGAGCUCUAGUUGGUAGAUUCUUGUUUAACUAUGAGCCUCUUGGCUCAUAUGGUGGUUCGAGCUUAACUAACGGUGCAAAGGUUGCACAUGAUAAUGAAAGUGGAGACAGAAAGUGCUGUCUUUAA